AUGGAAGCUAAAGGUUCUGAAAGACGUUACAACACUAGAUUUCGAGGAGUUCCUAGAUCCAUCUUUACAUAUUCAAGAAAGAAAUCUAGUUCAAAAUCAAAUGAGGAAGUCCAGUCACGUUCAGAUCUUCGAAAUGAUUUUAUUUACACAAAAUUGGGUAAAAAGCCUGCUACUUAUAGCAGAGAUGAUUCCAUUGCUCCUCCUAAAGUCAAAAUCAAGUUGGAAACAGUAUCAAAUGCAGUUAAACAGGAAAAGGAGACGACAGAAGAAGAACCAAUUGCGAAUCUUAUCCCAAAUGGCACCCACAAACCCUCUGUUAAAAUUAAUAACUCACGUGAGAGCAACCCCGAAAUUAACAGUUCAAUGCCUAUCAAAAUUGAAGUCAGUAAGUCCCCUGAUCUCAGCAUUGAAGUUAACAACUCGCCUGUCAUCAAAACUGAAGUUAAUGAGGAGUCGUCUCCUGAAUUGUCCCCUAAAUCGGGAAAAGAAAUUGAUGGAGUCUUUUUUGAAAAGAGCUCUGAUGCUGAUGAUAUUCAUUCCACAUUCAAUAAUGGCACAAAAUCACCAUGGAUCAUGUCCAAGGAGAAACUCAGUUGGAAUAACUCCAACGUUGCAAGCUAUAAUCCCAAAACCAAAAUGUUUCGUUGUGUAGUUUGCCAUGCCGUUGGCUUUAUGUCGAGGAUCGGGGAACACUACUUGGGUACUCAUUGCAAUGCUAAAGUUUUUCAUUGUCCGCAGUGCUCUUAUUGCAGUGCUUGGUGGCGUUGCGUACGUAAUCAUAUGAGCAAAAAUCAUGGAGUCUCGAAUGCUCCGGCUUCGAUGUGGAAAAAUCAGCCGCUUUUAGACGAAAUAAUGCAAAUUUUACAAAAUUUGAAGUAUAGUGUAGACUGUGAAGACAGAGUGGAAAGAGUUGCUGAGAACUGUGGUAAACGGUACAUUUGUCCUAAAUGUCCGUAUGCUACAGAUCGACGAGAUCUUUAUAAUCGACAUGAAAAUAUUCAUCGCGAAGAAAAGCCAUUUCAGUGUUAUAUUUGUUAUAAAUUGUUUAAUCGUGCCGACCAUGUAAAGAAACAUUUUUGUCGCAUCCAUAAAGAGUUCAAUUACGAUAUCAAUUUAAUUCGACGCUUGCCUUCAAAAAGGAGCCGAAUACCCAUAAGUCCUUCUCUAAAUGGUGGAAGUUCUAGCUUAAGCCAAGAAAUGAAUUCAUCAUACAGUGAUAUGAUUACUAAAUCUUCAGCACAUGUACCGGUGACACAAUCUCAAUUGUUAAAUUGUUUAACGGGCUCGCCUACAAUGGUGAGACUGAGCCGUGAGGUUGAUCAAAUACCUGAAAAGGAAGUUAAUUUGUAUGAGACGAAAAAUGAUAACACUUUCAACAAAUCGCACAGCAAUUUAUUAACUUUUCUGACACAGAAUGCUUUUUCGCCAAAACCCAUACACAAGUCAGGUCCGGUGCGUAAUCCAGAACCCCCGAAAGACAUUCUCCAAGAAGCCCUCAUGAAACCUCUAGGCUUUUCAUCACUUCAAAGCACUACACCAAAGAAGUUUAACUGUGCAUAUUGUCCAUGGACUGGCCCGAAUGCAUGGGCCUUGCGCAUACACACCUCAAUGCAUUAUAAAACAUUUUGUGUUCUUUGUAACUUCAAAUCUAGCGAAGCUAGUGACUUGGAAAAUCACAUGUGGGAAUGCCACAAGAAGAAGACAUGUAGCAAAUGCAAUUUCCUUGCUGAUAGUGUAGGAGCUUUAGAUACCCAUAUGAAAGAAGCUCAUGGACAAAAGCCUCAGUUUUCAUGUCGACAUUGCUCCCAAUCAUUCGAAGUGCGGUCCGACAUGGAAGCUCAUUGCAUCUUCAUUCAUAAUCAAGUUCUGCAAGAGUGUAAGAAAAAUGGUUGUGAUUUUUGUACCACUGAUCCCGAUAUUCUGGGAACUCAUAAAAAAGAAAACCAUAGCUCACCUUCUACAUCUACAACUCAAGAUACGAGUGCCUCUAGAACCCUGUGCCUCUACUGUGGGUGUGAUUUUGCCGAUCCUGCAUCACUCUCUCUGCAUGAAGAAGUCUUUCACGAGAAUCCUCUCCAGAAAGCAAGCAAGCGCCCUCUCAACCCUUAUGGCUGUGCAGUGUGCGGCUAUUCCACCCCCAAGCAGCCCAUGAUGAUGGAGCACAUGCGGAUCCACACCGGCCAAUCUCUGCGUUGCCAGGCCGGGGAAGGAUGCCUGUUCUCAACGCCAUACGAUACAGUUCUCAGGGAGCACGUGCUACAGAGUCACAGUAACGACGACGGCAUAGUCAGGUGUCCUCACUGUGGCUUCCGAUGCAGCACACGCUUUUCGUUCGUCACCCAUUACAAGGAGCUCCAUCACCCAUUCUGUUGCCAGCUUUGCGAGGACAUUGAGCACAAGCAUUUUGUACAACCCUUCGCCAACUCUUACCUGGAAUCUUCCAUCAAGGCCAUGUUCCCCUUCGCGAAGCAAGUGAACUCGGCCUCGAUCGCCGAGAUGAAAUCUUUGGAUGACUCCGGCAGGCGUUCUCGCAAGCAGAUGCAACCGCGGAAAGUCUUGGUCCAUGAAGAGACCGGCGAAGAACAACCAGUCGCCAAGCGAAACGCAAAACGUUCUAGCUCUAGAAACAGAGAGAGAGAUAGAUUUAUAUCUUUGUAUUCGAAAAAAGUUAGGAAGAUAGCUCAAAUGCCUCUUUUAAAGUGUAGGUUUUGUGUCAAAUGUCCGAUAUUUUUUAGGCAUAAACGUAACUAUUUACUUCAUAGACAUUGGCAUAGUUUGAAAAAACAUCAAUGUAACAAGUGCAUUCAAACAUUUUGCCAUCGGUACCAGGUGCUUAUACAUCAGAGAGAACAUAACGAAACAUUGAAUGAAGCCUCUUAGCAUAAAACUGUAAAUAUUUUUUUCCCUAACAAUUGAUAUGUUAGUUUUGAAUAUUUGGGGAUGAUAUAGCAAUGGUUUCUUUUUUUUCUUUGCAGAGCAAACAGCAACAGUGUUUUGUUACUGGAACCAAGUGUGUUCCAGGUUUUGAAAUUUUGGUUAUAUGGUAUCUGUGGUGUUAGUCUAAAGCUGGUGGUUGUUAUGUUUUAUGUUGAAAAAUUUAUGAUGAAGUGCACUGUUAAGUUUCAUCGAAAGAACGCCUAAUCAUGUGCAUGUUUGUGUGUUGAUGUUUGGCAUGUGAUAAUUUCCAGGAUCCUGCUGUUUGCAAUUGUGAUAAUUUUCUGGCCUGGAAUAAAAAAUGAUUAAUUUCUCAAUUAUAUAAAAAUUAUAAAAAAUAUUGAAUUAAAAGAUUAUAACUGAAAUUUGUAUUUACACUUAUUGUACACUGCCAGCAGAACACUGUUCUGAUUGUUGCUGUGAUCAGGGGCCGUAAUCUUGUUUCACUUAGUGUGAUUCACUUCAUUUUGUGUAAAUGAGCCCUAUAGAUCACUUGGUAA